AUGGGUGUUAAAUCUGCUACAGCUGCAUGGGCUGGCAUAGCAGCAACUCUUCUUACAAAUGGAUCUACGCUGCACGGCUUAUUUAAACUUCCUGUCCCAAUACUGAAUAACAGCUCAUGUAAUGUGACUCCUAACUCUAUUCAGGGACAAUUUUUAAGGCAAGUUAGUUUGUUUAUGCUUGACGAGACAUCCAUGAUUCCCAAACAUGCUUUAAAUGCAAUCGAUCGGUUGUUAAAAGAUGUUUGCAACAACAACUUUCCGUUUGGUGGAAAAGCCAUUCUUUUUGGUGGUGACUUGAGGCAAACUUUGCCUGUUGUGAAAAGAGGACGACCAGCUGAAGUUGUAGAAUCAUGUAUAAAAUGUUCUUUACAGUGGCAAUGGGUGCAGAAGUUUACAUUAACUGAAAAUAUGAGAGUACGUGAUGGAGGAGAAUUUUCCGAAUGGCUGUUAAAACUUGGUAGUGGAACAAUACCUGUCAAGGAGGAAGAUCUUUUUAAAGAAUGUAUUGAAAUACCGCAACAGUGCAUUAUUAGAGAGAACGAGUCAAUUGUUGAAAAAAUAUUUGGAGAUGCUCAACAAGAUUAUUAUGCUAAACGUGUCAUUUUCACACCCACUAAUGUGGAUUCAUUGUCAACCAAUGAAGAAGUGCUUGAACGUCUAAGUGGAGAGGUCAAAACUUAUUUAAGUGCUGAUCAAAUAUAG